UUUUCCUACUCUCCUAGCUAAACCCCGCCGCCACCUUCAUGGCGGCCUCCUUCCUGCCUACCUCCUAGCAUUCUCUUAUCUCAACAUUCUACGCUAUACUCUGAGUUAUAAUUCAUAACAACGACCUCAGUGUAGGAAUUACACACAGAAAUGUCGAAGUCCGUUUAGUGAGUUGGCCCCCCUAAAACGCACUACCGUGGCAGAAUCGUAUGCUGCGGCGAUCACACGCAGUAAUGUAGCGUAGAUUUUUCCCCAUAGAUGGCUACUGGACGGCCGUCUAGUGCUCUACUGCAGGACAGCCACCACCCGUUCUCUGCCCAACCCUCCGCUUCCUCCUCGCCUUCCGCCUCCUCCGCUUCUUGCGCCCCCGUUCACACCGCCAUGCCGUCUCCUAAUUUUAUUGCGCCUUCCGCCACAUCCUCCGUCUUCCGCCUAUCCUCAUCCUUCCGCCUCUCCUCCGCCCGCCUGCUCGCUCUACUCGCCCUCGCGGGCUGGUGUCUCGCGCUGCUUGCGCUCUCCACGCUACUCUCGGGCUCCGCCUUCUGCUCUCCCGCCGCGCAGCCGCGGGCUGCGGAGGGCGCACUUGGGGAGACGGAGGAAUUCGAUGGAGAGGGAGAAGGAAUGAUAGGAGUGGGGGGAGGAGUGGGAGGAGGAAUGGGAGGAGGAGUGGGAGGAGGAGUGGGAGGAGGAGUGGGAGGAGGAGUGGGAGGAGGAGUGGGAGGAGGAGUGCGAGGAGGAGUGGGAGGAGUAGUGGGAGGAGGAGUGGGAGGAGGAGUGGGAGGAGGAGUGGGAGGAGGAGUGGGAGGAGGAGUGGGAGGAGGAGUGGGAGGAGGAGUGGGAGGAGGAGUGGGAGGAGGGAAGAAAUCAGGAGUGCUGGGACUUUAAGAACGGUGGUAGGUGGUGCAGACUUAAGGAGUGCGGAACGUGCAGAGACAGCAGGAGGGGGGAGUGGAGAGGGAGGGUGCGAGGGCGGAUGUGCGGGGACAUGCAACCUGGACGUGAAGCAAUUUUGGUGCCCCAAUGCAUGCCCUCCCCGCCCCUGCCUACCCUCUCCUGCUCCUCCUGCGCCCUCACCUGCCCCUGUGCGCGCCAGUGCCUCGCCCUCGGCCUGCCCACAGCGCCCGUCUGUCUGAGGAGAGGCCAGAAGGGGGAGAGCAGGGGGAGGCGGGUGGUGAGGGGAAAAGGGGCGGAGAGGGUAGGGCGGUGAAUGUGAGUGCUGAGUUGGAGGGGGUGUAUCUGGAUUAGGUGUUUGCUGUUGCUGGUCGGGGGGGUGUGGGGGGAGGGGAGGAAGGGAGGAGGGUGCAGAGAGAAGAGGAGGGAAUGGAAAAAAGUGGAGCAAAGGAGGUGUUGCAGGGGCAGAGGAAGCAGAGCGAGGCAUUCAGAGUGGUGGAGAUCGGUGAUGGGGAGUGGGAGGAGGGUGAGAGGGCGAGGUAGCGGCUGCUUCCCCCCUGGCAGUGCAGCAGACAGAAACUGCAGCGGCUGCGGCACGUGCCAUGUGGGCAACACUUGCAGCAAGCAUUUUCCGGCAGCUGGUGUAAGUUGCCAGCGCCUCAUCGUCCGCCGCACUGGUGUCGCUUCUGUAAUGAGUCUCUUUUGGAGUCGACUCGAAAAUAGACUCAUUCCACUUGUUGCGAGUUGCCAGCGCUCCUCGUCGUCCGUCUCACUGGUGUCCCUCCUCCCUCAUGUCACUGCCACCCACCCAUGCCAUCCCAUUCCUCCCUCCCAGCUGUCCGCCAGCGCACUCCGGCCGCUGGUGCGAGUCGCCAGCUUGCCUCAUCGGGCGUCCCACCAGGCUGUGCUACAACAACUGUGAAACACAAUAUGUGAAACUCUGUGUGAUACUCAGCAGAAUCAGAGUCCGUGAGCAGUUUAUUUAAGCUUGCAUGUUUGUCGCGUUCUCCUUCUACUCCCUUCCCACCAUCCUAUUCUGUCUGUUUGCUUCCCCUUCCCCGCCCCCAUGACGAUGUGGAGCAGGGGUUAGAGAACUGCUUUCCUGCUUUUCUCGAUCGUUGCUGUGCUGCUUUUUAUCAGGCCUUGCAUUCCUUCCUCAUGCCCCCUGGUCCCCAGGACGAUGUGGAGCAGGUGUUCGUGUUAAGAUACUAGAAUGAAUAGAAAACAGGAGAACAAGCAAGGUAUAGGUUGGAGUUGUACUCUUUAAGAACAGACACCUAUCUAGCCUAAAACUUCUACGUACUAAUAUAUGUAUAAGUUGACACACCCCCUAGGCUAGAUGGGGUAGUGCUGAGCGAGAAACAAGCAGCUCAGGGUGGCACUACUAGUCCAACCUCUGAGGCAGGGGUCCGAAGACCAGUCAGCAAGAGUACAAACAAGGCAAGAACAAACCAGGGCAGCACUACUAGUCCGACCACUGGAAGAGAAGCCACAAGGCUAGUCUGGAAGGUAUAAAUAUAGAGGAGUACACAAUCAAGGUCCCAGCAAAUGAGACUCAGCGGGAACUAGACCAAGCUGCAGACAGUGCCGCUGAUGAUCUCUAGGCGCAAGCGCCUUAGUAAAGAUAUUAGUUAUGUUGGCACCCGAGGCCAAGUGUACUACGCGGGCCUAGCGACGCUGCUGUAGCUUGCGCAGGAGGAAGUACCGCAGCUGGAUGUGCUUCGCUCUGCCCUCAAGUCGAGACUCCUGAUACAAGAGGAUCAUAGCCCUGUUGUCAGCGUACAGGACCAGGGCACAGCUAGGCCGCUCACCUAAGUUGAUCUCAGCCUCACAGCUGGACUGAGCAAUAGACGAGGAGCGAUUGGACCUCCACGAGAUGGCCCCUGAACCAAGGCUAAAGAAGUAGCCCUGGGAGGACCGUAGAGUCUCAGGAUCGUCUGCCCAAGAAGCGUCACUGUGCCCAGUAAGGACCACUGGCCUGCGUCCUCCCAGCACUAACCCCAUGCCCGAUGUACUUGCUAGAUAACGCAAAACCCUCUUAGCGGCCAACCAGUGCUGUGGUCGGUGUCUGCAUGUGGCCACAAAGCGAGCCAAGAUGCUGAGAGGGUAUGCGAGAUCUGGAUGAGUGCAAGUCAUCAGGCACAUGAGGCAACCCACCAGCUCUGCGUAAGGACCACUGGGCUCUACUGACUCCUCAGGAACAAGAGCUGAGAGCCUGUGAUCUAUUGGCAAAGGUGUGGGCUGUGUGGAGGGGAACUGAAGACCGAACCUCUGAAGGACCUAGCGCACCAAGUGUGACUGUGUGAGAGUGAUGGUGCACACUGCUUUGCCCCUGGAGAUCUGCAGGCCAAGGUAGUGGCGCAGCUCUCUUAGGUCAGUGCAGGUGUGUCUCCUCAGCAGCUCGGCCUUCACAGAGGCCAGUGCGUCUCUGUCUGCAGUAGCGAAGACCAGGUCGUCUACGUAGACAAGGAUGUAGAACGGAGUUUGGCCAGCACGAACGAAGAGUGAAGGGUCUGCAGAGGACGGAAAGAACUGCACGUGUGCUAGUGUACCACGCAACGUGUCGUGCCACUAACGAGGCGCCUGUCGCAGGCCGUAGACCGGGCGUCAGAGGAGCCACGGGGUCCCAGGAGGGAAGGCACAAGUGAAGCCUUGCGGUCGGCGCAGGUAAACCUGCUCGUGUAGGCUGCCCUGAAGAAAGGCAGUAGAGAAGUCGAGGGAGUGGAGCUCGUAGUCACGCUGUGCUGCUACAUGUAGCAGCACCUGAAGAGUAGUCAUCUUCGUGGUC